UUAAAGACAAUAUUUGUUCUCUUUUUGAUAAAGAAUUAUGUGAUGUCAUUAAUAUUUUUGAUGAAGAUGCUUUUGGAAAAUUUUUUAAUAAUUUAGAAGCUAGUAUUAAUAUGACUAUAAAUUCUUUGGAUAAGUGGAUGA